AUGACUGCUCGACACCCUUCGAGUUUUAGAAUCACCAAAUCGCUCACGCGAUAUUCAUCACGUCCUAUCCAAGCUCCGAACCCUCGGUACUUCACGACUACUCUACACCAACGACAAAAUGCCGCCUCGAAAUCUGAGUCCGGUGGCGAACAAGCAGAGACCAAGAGUAAAGACACAAGCGAGAAGAAUAGAUCACCAGAGGAUGGCGCGAUGACACGGCGCCUCUCCGAAAUGACCGAACAAGCCUUCCUCGAAGGCGGCCGGAGUACACGCAAGAACCUCGAGCACGUGGGGUUCUCGGAGGAGCUCAAAAAGGAACUGGAGGAGCGGGUUGCGGCAGCGGCGUUCAAGAGUGACCAUGCGGCUGCGCAUUCGAUUGCUAAUAUGCCGGAAAGCGCCGGACAAGGCACAAGAGACAUCGCCGGCGCUGCACCCUGGGCCGGAGAAGAAAGCACACACGACUCUACACUGCGCAUGCUCGAUAGCUCGAAGAAACGCCUCCGCGUACCGUACAAGAUCCCGCAACCGGGUCCCAUCGAUACCCGGCUCACGCCGAAAUCGCCCCGACACCCAGGCCUCCGCAUUGCAGACGCAAAAGAACGGACCGCAACAUACACACUCAGCCAGUCACAUGGCGUCUCAGAGGACGAGCGCGAAGCAAUGCGCCGGGAGAUGCGUGAUCGAUUUUCACCAGGCGCACGGCCGAUGCCCGCGACAUUACAGGGCCUAGCUUCACUAGCGAACGAGCGAAUUGAAGACGCAAUUGCACGCGGGCAGUUCGAUCGAAUCAAACGCGGGAAGGGCGUCGGUACGGAAGUCGACCAUAAUGCGAACAGCGCCUUUAUCGAUACCACCGAGUACUUUAUGAACAAGAUCAUUCAGAAGCAGGAGAUUGUGCCGCCUUGGAUUGAGAAGCAGCAGGAGCUUGCGCGGGAGGUUGAUCGGUUCCGCCAGCGAUUAAGGGUCGAGUGGAGGCGGCAUGCGGCGAGGAUAAUUGCGAGCCAGGGCGGGUCACUGGAGGCGCAGAUGCGCCGCGCAGAAGCCUACGCCGCUGCUGAAGUCCGUUACGCAGAACGCGCGAAAAUAGCAAAGGCCUUUGCCGACUGCGACACUAUACCAUCACCCACCGACACGCCCUCCGAAAACGACACACCACUACCACACCUCUCGCCACUCCGCGACACGCAGUACAUCGCAAACGAACGCUCUUUCCUUGAACUCUCCGUCAAAACCAUCAACAGCCUCGCUCGAUCAUAUAACUUACAAGCACCUCCCGUCGCGCAGAAACCCUACCUCAAUCUCGAACGCGAGUUGGAAGCCUGCUAUGCUGCCGUUGCACCCACGUUAGCGGAGGAGAUUAGGCGGCGAGCUACGGAGAGAGUCCGCACACCGGUUUCUGUGGGAUCCAAGGCUAGUAGUGUGCUGGAUCACCUGGCGACGUCGCAUACUUCGAAGGUUUAUGAUGAGGAUCAGAGUAAGGGAUACGGGUUCAAGGAGUUUUGGUCGGAUUUGUUUUCAAAGAAGUAA